AUGGUCACACCAUCAGCGACCGUUCUCCCGUCGUGCGGGAAAUUCGGUGGCUCGAAGCUGCCUCAAUCACAGCCCUGGGGAUAUUUCCCUCCAAGGGGCGGGCGGCAGAAGCCUAGACUGAACCGUGGUAUCGAGGGUGGCCCGAACGCCAAUCACCGCACUGGCACCUCGGCGCACUCAGUUGUGCACUUCGGUUCGCUUCACCACAACGAGGCAGCCGCUAUUGGCAAGCGCCCGAUGGCACGACGUGCAAGCGUGGGCUGCGCUGCGCGGAAAGCCCAGCCCAGUCGAGAUGGCGGGCCUGCGUGGCGGCCUGCGUGGCGGCCCGUUGGAAGUGAGAGAGAUAGAUAG